CGGCGCGGCCAGUACUUCCGGGGUACAAGUCACUUCCGUUCUUGCGCGCUGCGGGCGGCUCUCAAAAAAAAAUGGCGGCGCCCUCCUCCUCCUCCUCCUCCUCGACCUCCGGCUACCGGCCGGCCCCGCUGGCCUCGCUGCCCCGGGAGCUUGACCCGGCCGAGUACAACGAGUCCCUGGAGAAGCGCCGGGCCGAGGCGGAGCGUCUGGCGCUCCGUGCCCGCCUCAAGCGCCAGUACCAGCUGCAGCUCAACGACCCGCACCGCACGGAGCUGAUCGAGGACCCUGCUAUGCUCCGUUGGACCUAUGCUAGAUCGUACAACAUUUACCCCAAUUUCCGGCCCACUCCCAAGACUUCCCUGUUGGGUGCGUUGUUUGGGAUAGGACCCAUUUUCUUCUGGUGGUAUGUCCUCAAAGCUGACAGAGAUCGUAAAGAGAAACUUAUCCAGGAAGGCAAGUACCAGCGACCAUUUGCUCUCAGCUCCUAAGUCUCUGGGAAUUGGAUGUUGCAGUGCUGCUGUUGGGCUAUUCAUAGAAAGCGCUGUGUAUUGUACAUUGAUGAAAAGACUAAUCCUCCAUCAAAAUAAACUUUAUAUUAUUAGUCAUAGGA